AUGAAAAGAUCAAAGAAAGAAAAUUCUUCUGAUAGCUUACCAGAGCAUAUCUUACCGAUCAAGAAUAGUGAGAAUGUUCAGGCUUCCUCAAGAAGUAUGUCAUUUUUGGCCUUGUCUGCUCAUUAUAUUAGCAAUAUUCAUGGAGAUCGUUAUCAUUACGACGUAUGUGAUAAAGGUUUCGCAUUGAAGAAAAUCUUAAAUAAACACAAAAAAAGUAAUACUCACGAUAAAAUGCUAGAUCGUGAAAGAAAAGCUAAAAAUCUACCUUUUGAUCUUGGUUUUGAUGUCGAGGUUUUUCAUGACUAUGAUGAAGGCAAUGAGGAUAAUUCCAUUUCAUUAACUUUAAAUAAUAUUACAGCCUUUAAUAAGAAAAUUGAGAAUCUGGAUCCUGAUGAUGAAGAUAAUGAUGUGGGAUACAGUACUCCUUAG